AUGCAGCGCCAGGAUUUCUUUGACCACGAUGCUUUUCGCCCAGAGCAGGAGAAGGUGUUGAGGAGUGCCUUGAAUCGUCAGGAAUUGUCCUGGUGGUGGAGCCGACCAUUCCGGUCUUGCAGGACCAAGUCCAGAAAUUCAAUGCCAGGGCAGAGGAAUUUCAUCGCACACAUGGCGAUGAUGAAGAUGCACCAUUCCAAGCAUGUCUGUUGGGAUCUGCACAGAAAGAUGAGAAGAUCAUUGACCAGGCAGUGCGAGGGCAAUGCUGCUGCUCAGCACAAAAAAUGGCGACUGCAAGUUGGUGGAUGUUGGUGGCUUCAAAUGCAAUGA